CCCAAAAAAACCAACAGUUCACCGGCGAUACUCGAGGCAAUCGGAUAGUAAAAGUUAUUAAAAACGAUUUUUCAGAAUGCAGGAUUAUAAAAGGUGCAUUUUUAUAGUCGCGAUUAUCGCAAUCAUUCUGCAAAGCUCAGUACUUGCAAGUUUACAAUGCAGCUCGGAUUCUGGCGUUGUUAGCUGCCCAGAAAGCGUUACGAAAUGUUUUAUUAGCAGAGCGUCUGAUGGCAGGUUGACACGUGGAUGUGCUGAUAAUUUGUGUCAACCGCCAGUCUGUUUAACGUGUGGUGAGAACAAUUGCAACUCUGCUCUGAUGUGCAGACAAUGCGAUGAGUCGGAUCCGAAAUGUUCCACAACCGAAGCAACAGACGAUAAGUACAAUCACCUCUGUAAUCCGAAUGAAUUGUGUCUAGUCGAACUUUCUGCAAAUGGAAAGGUGAAGCGUGGAUGCGGCGUUGCUUGUGGCACUGGAAAAACAAACUGCCAAACUUGCAAGAAGGACAAUUGUAAUGAGGGCAUAUAUCCAGCUGAACGAAAGUUGUGCCACCAGUGCUCGGGUGCAACGUGCAACAAUGUGAAUGAUAAUAUUGCGAGUCCAUGUGAAGUCUACAAGAAUGAUCAGAAAUGUUACACAAUUGGAAGUGAUGAUAAGACCAUGCAACGUGGUUGCACCACGGAUGCAAAUGCCAAGUGUCCGUGGCCUUCCACUAAUACCAAUUGUGCAUUUUGUGAUCAUAAUGGUUGCAAUAAUCGAAUAUUUGAGAGUGUCCUGGGCAGUUGCAUCAAAUGCAGCGAUGCUGAAACUUGCCCCCAAAGUCAGCAGGCGGACAAGGCCAAAGACUGUACCGCCAAUUACACACAGACUGAAGACAGUUGCUACCACCAAUUGAAAGCCAAUGGAAUUGUGAGUCGCGGUUGCAUCAAUGAACUAAAAGACACAAAAUGCCUUGAAGAAGAGAACUGUGUAGAGUGCAAGGGAACGGCUUGCAACGUGGCAGCUGCCACAUUCUCCUGCCUCAACUGUCGCAGUGACAGCACUGCCUCCUGUCGUCAGGCAGAGGUUGAACCCACAAAAUGCAAUAUCACAUCCCUCAGUGAUCUAGCAUCAAUGCAAUGCUACAGUGCCGAGUGGGACGGUGUUGUCAUUCGCGGCUGCCUCAACGAUCUGGAAUCCCCGAAGAAAAACAAGUGUCUAAAUACUGCCGAUGAUAGCUGUACGAUCUGCAACGAGCCCAAUUGCAACAUUCUCAAGUACAAUGGAGCCGGCACCUUGCAGCACAUGGGAUUGGGUCUACUGGGACUGAUAUUCCUGGUCAGACAUGCUUUGUAAA